AGAGCGAGGCUCACGCGUGACGUCACACUACUCCCAACCUCACCCCUGGUAGACGAAGCUAGAGACUGAAACGCAAACAGGAUUGGAGCAUCGGUAAAGAGGGAGUGUGGCAUUGAUGACCCUUUAAGGACUUCCGGAUUCUAUUGCAGAGGGAAGAUCACCUUGGUGGAACUUUCUAUUUCUUCAGGUUUACUUUGCACUGUCUACUGAAGCAACAUAAUGCGUGAAUAUAAACUGGUGGUCCUUGGUUCAGGUGGUGUAGGCAAAUCUGCAUUGACAGUGCAGUUUGUCCAAGGAAUAUUUGUUGAAAAAUAUGACCCUACAAUAGAAGACUCUUACAGAAAGCAAGUUGAAGUAGAUGGCCAACAGUGUAUGCUUGAAAUACUAGAUACAGCAGGAACAGAACAAUUCACAGCUAUGAGAGAUCUCUAUAUGAAAAAUGGACAGGGGUUUGCAUUAGUGUAUUCUAUAACUGCACAGUCAACGUUCAAUGACCUACAAGACUUAAGGGAACAGAUACUUCGAGUCAAAGACACUGAUGAUGUACCAAUGAUACUAGUUGGUAAUAAAUGUGAUUUGGAAGAUGAAAGAGUGGUAGGAAAAGAGCAGGGACAGAAUUUGGCAAGACAGUGGAAUAACUGUGCUUUCUUAGAGUCCUCUGCAAAGUCAAAGAUUAAUGUUAAUGAGAUCUUUUAUGACUUGGUUCGACAAAUAAACAGAAAAACUCCACAACCUGGAAAACCUGCGAAAAAGCCAACUUGCAAGCUGCUUUAAUAUACAGAUGUACCUUAGAUCUGAGCCAGGUCUGAUGAACUGUUGCCCAUUUCAACAGUGCCAGCAUUCCAACUUUACUAGAACUAACAUCUGCAAUGGACUUUCCUGUGGUGGUACCCUAUUGAAGGUGGAUGAAAGUGUCAGUUUUGCACGUUAUCUGUUUCCAUUAUCGAAAGAUAUAUACUUGUGUGUGAGAAUAUUCUCACGCUGUAUGCAACUGGUAGAAACCAGAACCAGUAUUAAGCAGAUUUUUUUGAGACUGUUUCCACCUACUGCUGUUGUAAAUGUAUCAAACAGGUGUAAAAACAGACCAUUUCUUUUGACAGAUCUCAGUAUUUUAGUGUUUCAAAAAUGUGCCACUAUUUUAGUAAAAUAAGUGAAAGUCCAAAGAACUCCUUUAUAAAAACUGUUUCUCACAGCUAACUUGGCUUAUUUUGGUAUAUGUAGCCUUUGUCUUAUUGAGAGAUACAAGAUAAUCAUUGUUUUGUUGUUUGAGUGAAUUAUUGCAACUGUUAUGAAACUUUUUUUUUUUUUUUAAGUCUUGAAAACCUGUG